AUUCGUAAAUUCGCUGGCGGGAAGAAGACUGUGCGUGCUAGCUAAAGUGUAAUUUGUUUAUUACACUCAGGUCAGUUAUGUCUCGAAUACUCAACUCUAUUGUAGCUGUUUGUCCAGACAUGGGAAUAGGGAAAAAUGGAAAUCUGCCAUGGCAUCCAAUAAGACUAAGUAAUGAAUUCAAGCACUUUCAGAAGAUGACCAUGACUCCUUUAGUUGAGGGUAACAGUAAAAAGAAUGUGGUCCUGAUGGGCAGAAAGACUUGGUUCUCUAUUCCUGCAGCAAACAGACCCCUGAAGAACAGGAUCAACAUUGUUCUCAGCAGAGAGCUCAAGACAGCCCCAGAGGGAGCUCACUACCUUGCUUCAGACUUCAGUUCAGCUCUCCAUCUGUUAGACAGCAGUGAGCUCGAAAAACAAGUGGACCAGGUUUGGAUAAUUGGCGGAAGCGCUCUGUACAAGGAGGUGAUGGAGAGUUCUGCUCCCAGGCGUCUUUUUGUAACACGCGUCCUCAAGCAGUUUGACUGCGACACAUUCAUACCUGACAUUAACAUGGACAAGUACAAGCUCUUGCCCGAAUUCCCGGGUGUACCCACGGGCGUGCAGGAGGAGAAUGGUGUUCAGUAUGUAUUUGAAGUAUAUGAGAGCACCGACCACUAAGAAGAUCCUUUAAGCAUGAUGCUAAAGUCGGAGAAGUGGCCUGGCCGGGUAAUGCGAGUGCUCUGACAUGUUGUGUGGCUCAGACCUGUUUUUAAAUCAGAGUUUUGUAAUUGCCUGACAGACCCCCAUCACCCCUAUCAUUUUUUUUGCCACAUUUCCUGUCCACUUUCCUUAGUAAUAAAAAUGAAAUGUGAUUCUAGGACAGUUAAAAUGUUUUUAUUAUAAAAUUUUAUGUGUGGCAUUUGCAACUUUAUAUACAAAGUGGAAAGUAGGCUGAAAAUCAUGAGAAGACAAGAGGGUGGGUAAAAGGGUGAAAUUGAUAGGAUCCAAUCUCCUAUGAGCACAACAACUCAACAUGUUGCAAGAGUGCUGACCACUAGGUCUCUGCUUAUUUGCGGCCUUUUCUCAAAUUUUUUUAAAUAUGCAAAAACAGUUGUUUUCCCACUGUCACUACCAGAAUCUUAUUUUAUUAGUAUCAGGUUUAGUUCCUGGAUUAUCAUUUCAAAUAUUCAGAAAACAAUAUACUUAAUUUUUAUCAUAAAUGUUCUUUUCCACAUCUGCUAUCCAGUUAAUUAUUCUUCAUCUUGCCAACUGCAAAAGACAACCUGCUCAUCUCCAUAUCCAAUAGCAACUGAAGUGUCUGCUCUUAAGCCAGCCUGAAGAUCUGACUGCUCUCAUGAAUAUGCAUAUGUGUUUGGUCUUCAGACUGGCUGAUUGACAAAGGUCAUAUAGUUUAGAGAAGGGUCGCAAUACUAGCACUUUCUCUCUCACCCACACAAACUCCUUCAUGACCCCUAUUUUAAAAAGCCAAAUGCCGCAAUCAGGCAAAACCUUUUUAGGCUGAUUGGUUUCGGGUAUGUCAGCCUAAUGUACUACGAAUGUUUACAACCAGGCUGAAAUAAACCUGACUGGAAUUCCAAUUACCUUGCACAUGCA